AUGUCCCAAGCAUAUCAAAUCCACGUCCUCGACCCCUCCCAUUCCCACACCUCCCCCACCCUCCUCAACAACCUCACCCUCAACACCCUCCCAAUCCCAGUUCCAGGACCAGGAGAAGUACUCGUCCGCAUCCGUGCCGCAGCACUUAACUACCGCGACAUCCUUGUCGUCGCCGACUCACCCCUCUACACAGCGCGCACUUCUGCCGGCCUAACACCCUGCGCUGACGGCGCCGGAACCAUCGAGGCCGUUGGUCCCAAUAGCACUUGGUCUGACAGCAUCGGCGAGGGGGUAUUGCUGGUUAAUAACACUGAUUGGAUCGAUGGUGAUGUGGAAGGGUAUAAAGUUCAUCACACGUUAGGAUGUGGUGGAGUACAGGGUACACUGAGGCAGUAUGCUGUAGUGAGCGACGAGUUUGUGGUCCGGAAACCGAAGAAUCUGGGGUUUGAAGAGGCGGCUGCAAUGGUGAGUGCUGGGGGGACGGCGAUGAAUGCGUUGUUGGCGGGGGGUGUUGGGCCGGGGAAGACGGUACUGACCCAAGGCACGGGUGGGGUUAGCUGUUUUGCUAUAUUGGUCAGUACUGUUGCUGUUGCUCUGUAUGCUGCUGCUAUGGGUGCCAGAGUCAUUGCGACUUCAUCCUCAGAUGAGAAGCUCGAGAGUGCCAAAAAGCUCGGUGCAUCGGAAGUCAUUAACUACAAGACGACCCCCGAAUGGUCAAUCGAGGCACUGGCAUUGACCGACCAAAGAGGUGUUGAUGUUUUGAUUGAUGUAGCUGGAGCGCAGACGGUCGAACAAUCGCUACAAGCAACCAGACAAGGCGGUACAGUAGUUAUGAUUGGCUUUCUCACCGAGUCCAAACCAUCCGAUCUAGUACAACUCCUCUUGUUUGGUGCCAAAACUUUGAAGGGAAUAUUGGGGAACAGCAAAGUCAUGUUGGAACAAGCCGUCGCUCUGACAGAAGAACAUGACCUGCACCCAGAGAUCAAUGUCUUUGCAUGGGCAGACGCCAAAAAAGCUUUCGAGGCUCUGAGAGCCCAAAACUGUGUGGGAAAGAUUGUUAUUCUGGUGUGA